AUAAUUUGUCCAAGAUGGAUCCAGAACUUUCUGCAAUUAUUAUGACGAUACUGAUCUACACUGCGCUUUCUGCAACUCUGAUAAUCUGAUAUGCUGGAGUUCUGUACUUCUGGAAGAAAAAGCUCAUCAGAACAAACUCCCAGAUUGAAAGAGACAUCUUGGACGAUUCUUUACAAGAAGAUUCGCUCUCUGGCAAGAUCGAAAAGGUCUAUAAACGUGAAAAUGAACUCAAUGAACCUCUCUUGCCAGAGAAUCUCUAUUCAAAGAAGGAUGGGUUGACCUUAUCCAACUUGAUUAAAGAUCUAACGGUACUGGGAUCUGGAUCUGUAUCUAAGCACCAGAAAGCUCCAGAGGAAUCUCAGAGAGUCACAUUCUCUUCAGAUGGUAAAGGAAAGGCCUCUACUUUCCAAAAAGCUUUCCACAAAUAUAAGUUGAGUCGGAUCAAAGAGGCUAAGAAAGAAAAUAAUUUUUACAAACUUAAAGGCUUUUGGGCUUUUAUCAAAGGAAUAUUUCUUAUCAAUGAUAAAGUCAUGAGCAAUGCCUGCAGUAAUGAUGCGUAUAUCUACCUGCUAUACCUAAAAUGGUGUGCUAUGUCACUAUUUUUUCUCUCCCUAAUUGGAGUACUACUACUGUGCCCAUUUUACUACUUCAGCUCAGACCAUGAGAACAAGACUUUUCUAAUGAAUAUUACAAUCAUCGGAAUAACGAAAUCAGUGCCAAGAAUGUGGAUGGUAUUUGCCAUCUCGAUCGCAUACUCAAUCCUGGGAUAUGCAAUUGUAUUCAAAUUUGUACUCAAUUUCCAAGAGUUCAUAUACUACAAAGAGGAAAACUCCAAACAAAGUGAGGAUUAUAAGAUAUCUAAAAGGACAAUCAUGAUUCUGAACCUCCCAGAUUACUGCUCAGUGUAUGAAUGCAACAGAACUCUUCACUCGUUCUUCAAGAACAGGCCGGAUUACAUGUCUGUGUCCACUCUUGGGUGAUAUCAUCCUUUGUACCAGAUAUUACGGGAUAGGAUCAAGAUUGUCUCCAAAUUGAUCAACGCAAAGAGCAACCCCAAGACAAAGCAAUCCAAGAUUGAGAAACUUGAGAACCAACGGAAUCAGAAGAACUAUGAAGCAGAAAGAGCUCUGAAAAAUGGGAUCAGCCAUAACGAAGGAAUCGCCUUUGUCCAAUUCUCUACAGCUAAAGCUGCAAAUGACUUCAUUAAUAACUUCUUUUCCUUAAAGAGGAAAUAUAGCUAUAUUCAGAAAUAUGAGAAGGACCAAUUCUCAGAUAUUGAUUAUGACGCAUUAAAGACACUUCCAGAAGAUUUUGACGUGUGUCAGUGGGAAGUAAGGAUAGCUCCUCCCUCGAAUGAUAUCAUAUGGGAAAACCUCUCUAAUAGGAACAAAGGAAUCAAAACUCUUUACAGAUUUUUCACAUGGUUCUUCCUCAUUAUAAUCUCAGUUGUGUUAACUUUGCCACUGACGUUCUUGGACAAGCUAGAGCCAUUGAUUAACUUCAUUAACAGGUAUCUGGAGAAUGACUAUACUACGCAAGAGAACUUCCAGUUAUACCUAACUCCAUUGUGCUUGUACUUGACGAACUAUAUUCUGAUUCCCACUGUGAUUAUUUUUCUGCUCGGAUACGAGAAGCGAUCGAGGAAGUCCCAUAAUGCCAAGACUAAGUUCAGGAAGAACUUCUUCUUCUUUAUUAUGAACCAGAUCAUUGUUCCACUUGCUGGAUUCAAGACUAUCAAGCAGGUUUAUGACCACUUUGCAGAGGUUAGCGUGGCAGAGUGGCCGGAGGAGCUUUCUAAUAAUGUGUCAACUAGUGGGUCUUUCUUCUUGAGAUAUAUCAUCCAGAUUUCACUAAUUACGAAUACUUUUCAACUGUUGUCCCUUCCCAAGCUCUUUUGGGACUUCUACAGCACCCAUACUUGGUACUUGAAGAAGAUCGAAAUAAAAAGGGGUGAUAACAUAACCGAGGUUAUUGAGAGGUCUUUAUAUAAGACCUUGUCUACGAAGAAUAACCUUGGUAAGAGACUCAAUUCUGAUGAGAAUGCUGACAAUACUGCUUUUUAUUUUGACCUGGCUUAUCAGCAAGCCUUCAGCAUUAGUAUAUUUGCAAUGGUGUUCUUGUUUAGCAUCACUAAUCCAAUAAUUCUUCCUUUCGGGUGUCUGUUUUUCUACUUAAAGUUCUGUAUUGAUAAAUAUAACAUUGUGUGUAUCUACCCUCUGGAGUUCCAUUCAAAAGGGUUCCUGAGAAGAACGAUAUGAAUCUUCAUGAUAGUUUCAAUCGGAAUUUUCCAGAUUUCAUGUAUGGGAUUGUUCAUUUCUCUCUCAGACAAGGCUUUUAAUGGAGCUGCUUUCAUUCACCUGAUUUUGCUAUGUGUUGCAAGUUCGUUUAUAUUCUCAAAGAAGCCAUGGAAACCGAGAGAAACAAAAAAGCCUGACAUCCAGCUGCCAAACUUGGUCCGCAUGCCUACUAGAUACCAGUACAAUGAGAAGAAGGAUGAUUAUGAAUCUGUGAACAAUAGUUCAUCUGAUGGGCUGGGAGAUAGCGAUGAUACUAGAUUCUUUGACAUCCCAAGAGCCUCUUUCGGUAGCUCUAGUGAGACUAACCCAUAUAAUAUCCUCGAUAUCAAUCUCUGUGGAUCAGGACCUAUUGAAGAGUCAAAAGAGAGAGGAUUUAUGAUUUAA